CAAAUUCUACCACGAAUGCGUGCAUUGCCAAUAGAUUGCCAAAAGAACAUUGCAGUUUGCCUGGAAGAAAUAAUGAAGGAACUCACCCAAGUUCGAUUUCAGGUUAACAUCCUCGCAGAGAACAGAACAUCGUUGAGAUCUAAGAAUUGCGCUGAGCUGUACAAAUCUGGUCGAAGGGUCAGCGGUGUCUACACAAUCGACCCAGAUGGUUCAGGCGCCUUUGAUGUAUAUUGUGACCAAACUACAGCUGGUGGGGGAUGGACAGUGGUCCAGAAGAGAAUGGAUGGCUCUGUCGAUUUUAACCGCACCUGGGAUGACUACAAACAUGGCUUUGGUAACUUGGUUGGUGAAUUUUGGCUCGGACUGGACAAGAUAAACCGCCUAACCCGAAACAAGACAAAAAACAAGCUUCGAAUAGAUCUAGGUGUAGAAACUGGCAAAACUGUUCACCAUGAGUAUGGCUGGUUUGGGAUUGGGACCGAGACAGCUAAGUACCGUCUAUACCUUGGUGAUAUCAUAAGAACAGAUGGCAGUGUUUCCUCUGAUUCCCUCAGUCAUCUCAGAGAUCUCGUUUUUGGUACCUGGGAUAAGAUUCCUGCUGAUUGUGCUCAAAAUAGAGGAGGAGGCUGGUGGUAUGAAAACAGCAGUGCUGGAUGUGCUGUUUUGUCAAAUCUCAAUGGUAUUUAUCCGCGUUGUGGAAAAGAAACCUUGGCCGCUAUCCACUGGGGUUACUUAGAUUCUGCCAAUGCCGAGAGAAGCGCUCCGACAUCAACUGAAAUGAAAAUUAGACCAGUAGAAUUUAUGCACGUGGCUUGAAGUCUACACAUAUGAAAUGUGCAUCUGCUUAAUUGACGCUGUUUGGAUUAACUUUUUCGAUCUCUUCACUUCAAUAGGUUCAGUUUU